UCUAGCCCUGGGAGGCGGCCAUUUUCGGGAAGAGCGGAUUAGCCUCCGAGUCCCCUUCCCCGCGAAGAACGAGGCCGUAGGGGCCGCAGAAGAGGAGGCGUCCUCGGUCUGAGCACAGCGUGUCGGGCCGCUUUUGUGGCGGGUGGCGAGAAGGAUGCUUUCCUUUUCUACUACGGUGCAGCCUCAGGUUACAGUUUCUUUGAGUCACCUCAUAAAUGCAUUUCAUCCACCCAAAAGUUUAACUCAGUCUUUCAUCACAACAUCUACCCAGUCUGUGCAGAAAGAAGCUCCACCUGAACAUGACGUGUUAAACACUGAACCGUUACUUAAUCUACGAGACCUAGGACUGUCUGAUUUGAAAAUUAGCCAACUUGAUGAACUAGUGAACAAACUAAUUCCUGGCUUUGGUGUAGAAAAUAAAAUAUCCUCACAUUGGCAAACAUCAUAUAUAUCUGCACAGUCUUUCUUUGAAAAUAAAUAUGGUUUUGCGGAUACAUUUAAUGUUUUACGUUCAUCUUACAUCUACAGACAGCAUCCUAGUCCUCCCCAGGGUAUAUGUUCCAAUCUUCAACAUUGGCCAGUUUUCAUUCAGUCUCGAGGUUUUAAGACUCUGAAAUCGAGAGCAAGACGGCUGCAGUCCACAUCAGAACAAUCAGCAGAAGCAGAAGAUGUAGCUCCCUCAUUUGUAAAGGGUUUUCUACUGAGAGAGAAAGUAUCUGAGAUUGAAAGUUUAGACAAACUGAUGAAAAGAAAAAACAUACCUGAGGCUCAUCAAGAUGCUUUUAAAACUGGGUUUGCAGAGGGUUUUUUGAAAUCACAGGCACUUGCACAGCGUACAAUUGAUUCCUUAAGACGAACCCGAUUGUUUGUCUUUCUAGCGGUGUUGUUUGGUAUUUAUACUGUGUUAAAAAGCCAGUUUUUACCUAAAGGCUCAUUUUCUGAUGCUGUACGUUUUCGAGCAAGUUCUGGGCUUGAUGCAGCAGUGGAUCCUAUUCAGAUGAAAAAUAUCACCUUUGAACAUGUGAAAGGCGUAGAUGAAGCUAAGCAAGAGUUGCAGGAAAUUGUAGAAUUUUUGAAAAACCCCCAGAAAUUUACCAUAUUAGGAGGUAAACUCCCUAAAGGUGUACUGUUGGUGGGUCCACCUGGUACUGGCAAAACCCUCCUUGCCCGGGCUGUGGCAGGAGAAGCUGAUGUUCCCUUCUAUUAUGCUUCUGGGUCUGAAUUUGAUGAGAUGUUUGUUGGAGUGGGAGCCAGCCGUAUUAGAAAUCUGUUUAAGGAAGCCAAAGCAAAUGCACCAAGUGUUAUAUUCAUUGAUGAGUUGGAUUCUGUUGGUGGCAAAAGAGUAGAAUCUCCAAUGCAUCCCUACUCAAAGCAAACUAUAAACCAGCUCCUUGCUGAAAUGGAUGGCUUUAAAUCUAAUGAAGGAAUCAUUAUCAUUGGUGCAACAAACUUCCCAGAAGCACUAGAUAAUGCUUUGUUACGUCCUGGCCGCUUUGACAUGCAAGUUACAGUCCCCAGGCCAGAUGUUAAGGGACGAACAGAAAUUUUGAAAUGGUAUCUUAAUAAAAUAAAGUAUGAUAAGUCCAUUAAUCCAGAAAUCAUUGCAAGAGGUACGGUAGGAUUUUCUGGAGCUGAGUUGGAAAACCUUGUGAACCAAGCUGCAUUAAAGGCAGCAAUUGAUGAAAAGGACAUGGUUACUAUGAGGGAGCUAGAAUUUGCAAAGGACAAAAUUGUCAUGGGCCCUGAGCGUAGAAGUGUAGAAAUUGGUGAUAAAAAUAAAACAAUUACAGCAUAUCAUGAAUCUGGGCAUGCCAUUAUUGCAUAUUAUACCAAAGAUGCAAUGCCAAUCAAUAAAGCAACAAUUAUGCCACGAGGACCAACACUUGGACACGUUUCUUUGUUGCCAGAAAGUGACAGAUGGAAUGAAACUAGAUCUCAGCUGCUUGCCCAGAUGGAUGUCAGUAUGGGAGGAAGAGUAGCAGAGGAACUCAUAUUUGGGAACGAACACAUCACAACAGGUUCUUCUAAUGACUUUGAGAAUGCUACUAAAAUAGCAAAACUCAUGGUGACUAGGUUUGGAAUGAGUGACAAGCUUGGUGUCAUGACCUACAAAGAGACAACGAAUUUCAGCCCUGAAACCCAAUCUGCAAUUGAACAAGAAAUAAGAACUCUUUUAAAGGAAUCAUAUGAACGGGCAAAGAGUAUCUUGAAGGCCCAUGCAAAAGAACACAAGAAUUUAGCAGAAGCUUUAUUAACCUACGAGACUUUGGAUGCCAAAGAAAUUCAGAUCGUUUUAGAAGGCAAAAAACUCGAAUAAACUUGGAAGAACCUCAAGUCCAUUUCGUUAAUGGAAUACCAAACUGCUAUGCUGACCCAUUACAAAUGUAUUCUUUUGUAGCAAUAAGCCGUAAAAGAUGUGCAAAUGCAGCAUGUUUGGCACUUUUGGGGAAUCAUUUAUUUUAAUUAUGCAAAGUGCUUUUUUCAGUUUUCCUUCUACUGUAAACUGCUUUAACUCUGGUUGCCCUCAUAUGUAAAUUGAGGUGUAUAAAACAUAUCUUAAAUUUGUAAAUAAAUUCGAGAGUUAAGCAAAAUGUGUAAUUUUUUAAUAGCUUGAAUUUCCAUAGAUCUUUUUUUGGUGAGAAUUUCUGUUUGCUGCUACUUCACUUGUUCAUAAUAUAAUAUGGAGACUUUUCAAUUUAAGAUUGAAUUGUUAAAUAAAUGUUUCACAUUGUCAGUAUUUAGAUUCUAUGGAAUCCUGUAACUUUUAAAGCAGUUUCUCUUUCAUGAAGCCUUGUUACAUUUGAUGAUGGUGAGAAUAACUUGCUAGCAAGUUUCAUAUGUAUGUUCCUGCAAAAGCAAAGAAUUAAAAUUGAAUAGAAUA